AUGAAGAAAGAGAAAGAAUGGGUUUCUGAAUUAGAAGAGACGAAUCGAAUGUUGGAAACGAAAGUUGAUAGUCUGGAGCGAGAAAAGAUUGCGACGAUGAAAAAGCUUGAUGCUUCAAAUGAACAUGUAGAGGCGAAGAUAGUAGAAUUGGAUUUGUUAAAGUUGUCAUUAAACAAGACUCAAGACGAGGUACAAAAGCUUCAGACUGCGCUUCAAAAGUCUCAAGAUGAUAAUAAAAGGAUUAACGACAGAUUUGAAGAACAAAAGCAUCAAUAUCAACUAAUUUUAGAGAAAGAACGAGUUCAAAGUGAAGCUGAAGCACAGGCUCAAUCUCGUUCUCAGAAACUUCAGACUCAAUUUAACAUGCAGUUGGAUGAACAGACAACAAAAAAUUUGAAUUACAACAAGUAA